AUGAGUCCUCCUCCCAGCCGCCGGUCUCGAAGUUUAGCUCUGCGCAAAGCGCAAAGUGUAGCCGACCACCAAUCCCCAAAACACGAUAUAUCCCAAGCCAACCGAGUGCCAUUGGGAAGUCUUCCUAAGCCCAUUAUCAAGUUUGAACCAAUCGACCCACCUCAGCAACCUACUGUGAGCCAACCGGAAGACCAUCAUGAUGCCAUACAAGGCUCUGGCGGUAUCGAACCUCAGCCAAAUAUAGCGGUUCAACAUCAAGAACAACAAAGGGUUGAAGCUCCAGUCAACAGCGUAUAUAAUCAAGGCUCCAAACACGCAAAUCCACGAAGAGAUAGCGCAACAGCUGCCUUGCGCUCAGACACCCGGCCCAGUACUGGAUUAUCCCGAGCUGAUGCCCGGCCAAGUGUACAUCGGAUGCAUACCGGACCAUUUCAUAGGCCCAGAUCUAGAGUUGAGCAGAUCAAGCGGCACCUUUUGUCGAAUAGUGCAUCGCCAUCAGUACUACAUGGGCACACCGGCGUUCCAGGUGUGUUUCGUAUUCCUGAUCGCGUCAUGAACGGAAGUCCUCGGUCUCAUGCUCGCCAGUCCUUGCGUCCCCGAUCAAGAGCUCCAUUAGGCUUAAAAGUGCCGCCAACAUUACGGUCAACUCCACUACCACCACCUCCAGCAAACCAACGUCGCUUUGAGCCCAACUUCACUCAUGUCAAUCUUGCAACGCCACAUGGCCGGCUGAAAGUCCAUUACCCCACGAUUCUGACCCAACAGGUCUUUCAGAACACACAAAUGUGGAUAGACGUCUACCAGAACUGCGGCUACAGCUUUCAGGUGGAGGCGUUUGUCGACCGGGCUGGCCAGAUCCCCACAGUAAUCAAGUGUGGGACUUUCGCCACUCUGGAUCAGGCCAACCGUGUGGUCCUCCAGGUCUUUUCAGAAGACAGCAAGUCGCUCAUGGCCGAGCGAUAUGAGAAGAUGGUCUUUCGAGAGACGAACGAAGUACCUAGUAGUGGUCACUGGACAGGGUAUUGUUUCGGGGUCUACCAUCCCGUUCUCCGGCUGUGGGCAAAGCAGGAGCAGCUAUGGAGCUUUCGCGUCGAGGCUACGAUUUCACCAAGGGAUGUGUCAGUGUAG